AGGUAGGCCUUGAGGAUCGGAUCCAAUUUCUUUUCAUCCGAACAUCGGACCACCACCACGUUGACUGCGAUUAUCAACAACCGGAACCCUAAUUUCAUCAAUCUCUGCGUAUAUCGUACAAAACUACCCUAAUUUCCGAUGGCGAUGGCUGCACUGAGAAGAGAAGGGAGACGUUUUGCACCUCUUGUUUCCUCUCCAAACCCUAUCAAUGCGAUUCGAUCCACUCUUGCUCCCGCUGAGGAGCAGGUGGGCCUUGGGGUUCGCUCCAUUUCGACUCAAGUUGUAAGAAACCGUAUGAAGAGUGUUAGAAACAUUCAGAAGAUCACAAAGGCCAUGAAGAUGGUUGCAGCUUCAAAGCUGAGAGCAAUUCAAGUUAGAGCUGAGAAUUCUCGUGGGCUUUGGCAGCCAUUCACCGCUCUUCUUGGCGACACUCCAAGUGUGAAUGUGAAGAAGAAUGUCAUUGUGACUAUCUCUUCAGACAAGGGUCUUUGUGGUGGUAUUAACUCUACUUCAGUGAAGAUAAGCAGGGCUCUUCACAAGAUCAACUCUGGUCCGGACACUGAAUGUAAAUACGUGAUUUUGGGAGAAAAGGGAAAGGCUCAACUGAUCCGUGACUCUAAGAAAGACAUUGAGUUGAUUAUGACAGAGUUGCAAAAGAAUUUUCUGAACUACACUCAGGUAUCUGUACUUGCGGACGACAUCUUGAAGAAUGUGGAAUUUGAUGCAUUGAGGAUAGUAUUCAACAACUUCCAAUCUGUUGUCUCAUUUCUGCCUACAACAGCAACUGUGUUGUCUCCUGAGAUUGUGGAAAAAGAAUCUGAGUCUGGAGGAAAGAUUGGUGACUUAGAUUCUUAUGAAAUCGAAGGCGGUGAAACCAAGUCAGAAGUUCUUCAGAAUCUUGCUGAAUUCCAGUUUUCUUGCGUAAUGUUCAAUGCGGUUUUGGAGAAUGCAUGCAGUGAACAAGGAGCUCGGAUGUCUGCCAUGGACAGUUCCAGCAGAAACGCUGGUGACAUGCUUGAUCGUCUCACUCUUACGUACAACAGGACCCGUCAAGCAUCCAUCACAACUGAGCUCAUUGAGAUUAUUUCUGGAGCAUCUGCAUUGGAGGGUUAAUUGUUUUGUGAUUUUCUGUUACGUUGGCGAGAGUCGCCGGAUGAUCACGAAAUAAAACCAUUUUUUGGGAAAAAAAAUUAUCAGAUAAUCUGUUUUAGACGUCGCAAAUUGUUGAAUCUUAAUUUUCAAGCUAUUUAACAAAGUGGUGCAAGAAGAAUAUGAUGUAAAAGUGAAAAGGUAUAAGACCAAUAAACGUGAGAUAUGAUAAAAGUCAGUUUAAUAAACGUUGUAUUUUUAUACAACUGAGUUGUGAAAUUAAAUGAAGUAGUAAAACAACGUUAUUUGUAUAGAAAGAUUAUUGAAUCUCUUGUAAAAACCAAGUGCGUGAACUGUAGAUGGAAUUUACUUUGUUUAAAGUGGUUCAUCGUGUUCUGAGUUCA